AUGUCUCAGACCCUUCCGAGGUCUGACCUGGAGUUCCCCGCAGUUGAACACCUGCCUAAAGCAGAGGGUUCCUCAGGAACGAGGCGGUUGGGCAAGGUAAAGGUCACAUCCCUGCUCACCAUGACCCGAGGUGCCCGAGAUACCUGUGCAACCGCAGUGAGGCUGUCCCGGAGUCUAGCCUCUCCCACCUCUAGUAGACAAUUUUCCACCGUCUCGAAGAAGCAGCAGGGCAGCGGCACGCUGGUAGCGCCCAUCCCUCCACUCCAGGACCCGUGGUAUACCGCCCCUGAUGGUUUUGAGACCGCGAAACCAGGGGACAUUUUACGAAUUCGCGAGGCUCCAGGAAAUCUUACUUCGCUCGCUAGCAACUGCUCCUCCGCGUACAACAUUCUCUACCGGACGACCAACAGUCAAUACAAGCCUGACUGGGCUGUAACCACCGUUUUUGUGCCUGUCACUGUCUCCCCGGCUCUUCUCUCGUAUCAGAUCCCAUACGACUCGGCCUGGCUCGAUGCGAGUCCUAGCUACGCUUUCUAUACCACUGACGGUACUGACUCUCUCAGCGACAUUAGCACGGGCCUGUCAUCUGGCUGGUUUGUGAAUGUUCCGGAUUAUGAAGGGCCAUUUGCCAGUUUCACUGCCGGGGUCCAAUCUGGACAUGCAACUAUCGAUUCAAUACGCGCUGCUUUCAAUGCGCACGAAACGCUCGGGCUGGAUAGUGGAGCGAGAUUUGCCAUGUGGGGCUACUCAGGUGGUGCUCUAGCAAGCGAGUGGGCGGCCGAACUGGCGGUUCAGUAUGCGCCAGAGAUGAACUUCAGUGGUGCUGCUCUCGGAGGCUUGACACCUAAUGUGACGAGCGUUUUGUACACUAUCAACAAGUCCAAUGCAAUUGGACUGGCUCCGUCUUCUUUUUUGGGACUUUCUAGUCAAUACCCUACGGAGAGAGAGUUUUUGCUCUCGAGACUGAAAACUGAGGGCCCUUUCAAUGCAACCGGAUUCUUAGCAGCGCUCAAUUACACCGUGAGGCAGGCAUCCGCAGUAUAUGCUUAUCAGGACAUUGGGGACUAUUUCAUCGGAGGCAUCGCUGAUAUCACAAGUCCUUCGAUAAUAGGGAUUAUAGAAAAAGACGGGAUCAUGGGCUACCACGGGGUACCACAGAUGCCCAUAUUUGCAUACAAGGCUAUCGAGGACGAGAUCAGUGUUAUUGCAGAUACAGAUGCUUUGGUGGAUAGGUAUUGCAACAUCGGUGCCAACAUCUUUUAUCAACGUAACACCGCUGGUACUCACGGGCCGGAGAAUAGCAACGGCCGCCCCAGGGCAUUGCUUUGGCUCACUAGCGUUCUCGGUGGCACAUAUGCCCAAAACUAUCCUGUUGCGGGCUGUAGCACUCAGAAUGUGACUAUAGACCUCACAAGCUCGACGGUCAAACGAAAGAGCCCCCGAAACGACCACGUUCGGUCCUGGAUGGAUGCUGCAUGA